AUGGCAAAAGAUGAAAAUGGAAAUACUCCUCUCCAUAUCGCUGCAAAAUACGAACACACCCAAAAUAAUGAAAUAGAAUAUUUAAUAAAACAUGGCGCAAAUAUUAGUGCAAUAAAUAAAAAAGGAAACACUCCACUAAUUAUUCUCAUGAAGAGGAGGAAUGCAAAAAUCAAGGAAAUUGAGUAUCUAAUUGAUAAUGGAGCAGAUGUAAAAAUUGCUAAUAAAUCUGAAAAUACUCCUCUUCAUAUUGCAGCUAAAAAUAAGAGAAUAAAAAAGCUCAGUUUGAAAAAUUUAUUCCUCUUGGUUUAG